AAGUAUUCUAAACUUUCAUAGAACAGUUCUAUAAGUUUUUUCUGAUAGCAUAUAUUAUUGUAAAAUGAGAGAAUUUUUCUUAUUAAUGCCUGUCUGGAAAGAAGAAGAAAGCAUAGAGAAUGAGAUGACAAUGCUGGAUCCAGAUGAUUUGAGUCCUGGUGAAAUCGUGUUCUCGUCCGAUGAAUCAAACGGCGAUCGAUCAUUUCUUGCCGAUUUUUUCGGAAAAAAACAGUCAUUCGUCCUGGGAACCAAUUUAACCGGCCUGAUCAUCCUCUGCAUCGUUCUAACAGCUGUUGUUGUUAUAUUUUUUGGAUGCUAUCUUAUGAUGAGAUUUAUGCAUAAAGCAUUGGCAAGAGAUGACUCUAAAGAUAUGCUUCGAUCCAAUAACCCAUACAACAAUGUGGUGAUGCAUUCGAAGAGAGUUUAUGAGAUUCAAGCGGAAGAGGGUUGUUUCAAUGGAGCGCCUGAACCAUUGGAUUCAAGUGAAAUUGAAGACGAACAUAUUGGUGAUUCCCAGAAUACAUCAAUUUACAUUGAAGAUGAGGAACCACAGAAAUUACGAAAACCUGAAAGUGGAGACUUACGAGCUCCACGAAAUCCUGAACAAUUCGAUGAUGAUCCAAGAUCAAUGUUAAGGAAAAAGCAGAAAGUUCACAAGGACUCGGUGUGCGCCUUCAUGUUCAAACCUCAAGUCGAACCGAAAAUGGUGUGAUUUGAAUAUUGAUAAUUAACAUAUUUCAUUCCUAGUGGCCAAGUUGUUUCUCCUUCUCCCCCAAAAUAACGGUGAUUCGUGCAUCAAAAUAAUGUACGAGCAGAUUUUUAAUGAUUUUCAUGAUUACGGGCAGUUUUUAUUGUUAUUGCUUGCUUACUCUUAAUAUAUUUCUUCUUUGGGAAGAAAAAAGCAAACUUAUUAUCAAAUGUUGUACACUUUACGCUUAAAUUACUUCUCCAUAGAGCACGAUUGCUCCGAAGAAUUAUUUGAUUUUUAUCAAUAAAGUGAUAAAUUAUGAUUGAUGA